AUGGCUUUUGAAUACACAGUCCCCCGGUAUAUGAGGAGCCCUGGUGAUGAUGGUUAUCGAACUCCAACGAUAGAAGAUGCCGAGCGAACCAUCUCUAUUCUUGGGGGUGUGGACCGCCACAGUAGUGUGGCACGCGAUGUACACACGACAGCAUUAGAAGCAACAAUGCAAAAGACCUCAUCCAGGACGACUGAUAAAUUUAAGAGAGAGUCCAGUCAUUGUGCCGAACCCAAUGGCCAACACCUCGAUCGGACAAUAACGGAAUCAUCAACAGCCCGUCUUGGCUGGAAGAAACGUAUUCGUCAUAUCACCUGGGCAUACUUUACGUUGACUAUGGCUACUGGAGGGUUAGCAAAUGUGUUGUAUGAAGUGCCAUACCGUUUCAACGGAUUAGAGAUGAUUGGCACCGUGAUCUUCUUGAUCAACAUUGCACUGUACCUCUUAAUCUGGUCACUUUUGAUUGCAAGAUUCUACUUUUACCCAUAUACAUUCAAAGCAUCCUUCCUGCACCCUACAGAAUCUUUAUUCAUUCCCGCCUCGGUCGUCUCGUUCGGCACUAUCUUGAUCAAUGUCUCCCAGUAUGGGCCUCAAAAAGCAGGCGCGUGGCUGGAAAUGGCAGUCGGUGUUUUGUUUUGGAUUGACUGUAUUCUCGCGGUGGUAUUCUCAGCAGGAAUCUAUCUUAUCUUAUGGUCGACACAGACAUUCACAAUAGCUCAAAUGACGCCUAUCUGGAUUUUCCCUGCAUAUCCCAUGCUCAUCAUUGGUCCCCAUGCUGGUAUCUUAAGUGCGAAGCUAGAGCAGUCACGGUCAUUACGUAUCAUCGUGGGAGGGACAACUAUCCAGGGAGUUGGGUUUUUGGUAUCGCUGAUGGUAUAUUCAGCCUUUAUCUACCGACUCAUGACUCAAAAGCUUCCCAAAGAGAAUAUGCGACCUGGAAUGUUCGUCUCUGUUGGACCCAGCGCCUUUACAGUUGCUGGUCUAGUGAAUAUGGCAUCUGAAGCGAAACGCUCAUUUCCAGCCGACUUUAUGGGCAACGGGGCGUUGGCAGCGGAUGUGCUAAAAGUAAUGGUUGAUUUUUCCUGCUUAUGGCUAUGGGGAUUGGCGAUUUUCUUCUUCAUAAUUGCCGCCGCAGCUAACUUGUCUGCUAUCGGACCAGGCAAAAUGGUUUUCUCCAUGACCUGGUUCUCUUACGUUUUUCCAAACACUGCACUGAUCACCGGUACAUUCGCAAUCGGCAAGGCAUUUUCUUGUGAGUCGAUAAAGAUCGUGGGGUGUGUGAUGGUGCUUCCAUUGCUAUUGAUGUACUUCUUUGUUUGUUAUAUGAUGAUUCGAGCCAUCGUUCAUCACCAGAUUCUCUGGCCACAGAAGGGUGAGGAUCGAGAUGAAGGUGGAUUCGAAAUCCAUCAGAUCAAUCCUGAUGCAGAGGAUACCGAGGACGUCGGGAUU